AUGUCUCGACCAGGGACGUCGUCGUCGGGCAGGAACCUGACCUUGACCGAAGAAUUGGAGAAGCUAGAGCAGUCAAUCACUCUUACCCUGCAAGAGAUCGAUCACAACUUCAGCAAGGCCCACCGCAUUGUAACCUCGAGCAUAUUGCCUCUCGUCGAGCAGUAUGGCGAGCACUCCAAGAACGUGUGGGAAGCCUCGAAGUUCUGGAAGCAAUUCUUCGAGGCCUCCGCCAACGUCUCGCUAUCCGGUUACGAAGACCUAGCAGGCGAUGACAACGAGACCACGCGCGCCGAAGAGACAGCCCUCGACGAAUCGACCUCAGACUACAACAACACAACACAGGGGGACACGACAGUCGAGCAGUCCGGGUACGAACACCAACACCAGCAGCGCAACGUCGAAGACUCGCUCCUCGACGACGCCGAGAUGACCGGCAGCACGCCGCGGCCCCCGUCUUCCAAGUCCAAGUCCAUAGCGCGCCCACAGUUCGCCGGCUUCGGCUCCCCCUACGAGGCCCUGCGGCGCGAGCUCAAGGGCGACGGCGGAGUCUUUAAGGACGACGAAGCCGACGCGGUCUCCGACGCCGGGUACAACGACAACGACGACGAUGACGAGACCACGGAGCUGCCCGCCAAGCGCACACGCACCAAUACCGCCUCCACGCGCCUGCCCGACAUGUCGAUGACGCCACGCUCCUCGUCGUUCAUGCUCGAGGAGCCGACGCUGCAUCAGCAGCAGAUGUUUGACGACGAACAGUCGGCCAUGGCCCGCAAGCCGAAGGACCUACUGCUGCACCGCGUGCUGGACAAGAACUACCGCCUGCAGGCGACGCCGCACAAGGGCGUGCCGGUGCUGAAGCCUCGCGGGCGCUCACGGUCGCCGGAGAAGAACGGUCACGGCGGCGGCGAGGGGACGGCGGAAGACCGCACGCGGCGCGCGCUGUGGGCCGACAGCCCCAUGAGCUCGCCCGAGAUGGCGGUCCCGAAGCUGCGCAGCGACCUGUACAUGUCGCCCGUGCGGCUGCGGCGGAAGAGCGGAGGCGGGUACGGGCCUCGGACGCCGGGCGUCAGCGUGCAGACGCCCGCCACGACCAAGAAGCGCGACAUCUUCGCCGAGGCGCGGGGUGGUGGUGAUGACAAGGGAAAAGGCAAGGGACUGGCGCUGGGGAGGAGGGAUCCGGACGAGAUUACGUGGGAGAGCGACGAGGAUGACGAUGAUACCGGGGGUGGGCUGUUUGGGGGCAUGAGCCCGCCCAAGACGAUCCAGUUCGCGCUGCCGGCGAGCAAGCUUAUGCAGACGCCUGCACGAGAAGCGAGCAGGAGGAUCGUGGACGACAUCCUGAUCACGGCUGGCGCGGCGCCCGAGGACCCGAACGAAUACAGUCCUACCAUGGUCCACAUGAACCAAGACAUUUUGGACGAUACGUUCUAG